AUGAAGCGACAAAGCUCUUCACCCCAAGGCUCGGGAGUUGGCUUGUUGCCACUCGUACCUCCGCCGUUUGAUGCUUCUGCCCAACUCAUUGACGUUUCCGGCAAGCAUGCUUUCACGCCGCCUUCGGCCUCCGACGCUCGUGGCCAAUGCCCUGGACUGAAUGCACUCGCCAAUCACAAUUACCUACCGCACAAUGGCGUAGCGACCAUCGCGCAGUUCGUCGACGCUACGACGAAAGUUUUCGGCAUGGGUGUGGAUCUGGCGACCUUUCUUAGCACAUAUGGCGCCGUCCUUGAUGGGAACGGUCUAUCGUGGUCCAUCAAGGGAGGCGAACACGUCGGCAUCGGGGGGAGCCACGGCAACUACGAGACCGACUCUUCUCCGCUCAAGUCGGACCUUUUCCAAUAUGGCACAAAUCAAAAGCUCGUUAUGUCGCAGUUCAACAAACUUUACGGCAUGCAACCAGAUGCGUCGACUGCGAACUACAAUCUCGAUGUGCUGCGCACAUUCAGGAACGAUCGCUUCACCGAAAGCAUUGAGAAGAAUCCGUUGUUCGUGUACGGGCCGUUCGAAGGCAUGGCGGUAUCACAAGCCGCAUUCACCUUCAUCUACCGCUUCAUGGCCAACCAUUCUGCCGAGUAUCCGGAAGGUGUUCUCAACAAAGACGUGCUAAAGUCUUUCAUGUCGAUCUCCGGGCCAGAAAAUAACCUCGUCUGGACACCUGGUUACGAACAGAUUCCCGCAAACUGGUACAGGCGUAGCGAACUCGAUGCAUACACCAUACCUUACUUCGAGACUGACAUUCUCUACUUCACCGAGUCAAACCCGCAGCUCUCCCUCGUCGGCUGCAACGAGGGUACGGUCAAUAGCUACCAGAACAUCGACGCUGGCACACUGAGCAACGGCGCGUAUAGUGCCCAGGAUGCCGCUGCGAACCCUCUCUGUUUCGCCUUGGAAUUUGCCCAGCUGGAGUUGCCAGGCUUAACCGGCUUGGCAUCUACUCUUCUGUCGCCAUUGCUGAGCGCGCUGAACAGUGCAACCUCUGCGCUCAAGUGCAAGCCGAUCGUGAGUGUGAACAACUCACCGCUCGCGCUGUGUCCCGGAUACAGCUUGUAUGGAGGCCCCACAGCUCCAGUCGCACCUGGCGCAAUCCAAUCGUGA